AAUCAGUUAUAAGAUAUGUCAUUACUUCAGGUUUCAGUAUUCUGACUGACUAAAGCAUAGAUAAACAUGAUACACCAUGAAGUGUAAAUGUUGAACAGUUUGUGUUUUUAUAGUUAUUUGUGAUUUAAAUCUUUACAGUAUUCAUUCUCCCUCUUUUCUGUUUGGUUCUAGAUCUGGGAGUUUUACCUGCAAACCCAUGUGAGAUUGCAGUAUGAUUCAUCUGGUCCAUGAAACAAGAAAGACAAAAUGACCACAUCUGCAGAUGAUUUAUUUAGUUCCCAGAGAUGUGUAUAUUCUGUUAUCUUUUAAAACUGCUUCUUCUCCUCUUCGUGAACAUUGUGCUUUGUGUGGCAGCAUGUAAUAAUGCAGAAUAUGAAAUUAAUGGGGAGUGUUGCCCAAUGUGUGAUCCAGGAAAGCGAGUUUAUAAACACUGUGAUCAGUUCACAAGCACAACAUGUGAUUCAUGUCGCAUCAGGACUUACUCUGAUGCUCCUAAUGGAUUAACAGAGUGUCUGCCCUGUUCUGUGUGUGAUACGAGUAAUGGACUGAGAGUAAAGCAGGCAUGUACAGUAACAUCAGACACAGUGUGUGGACCUCUUCCUGGUUAUUACUGUAUAGACUCGCUCUAUAACUGUAAAAGAGCCAAGAAACAUUCAUCCUGCUCACCUGGACAAUACAUCAACCAAACCGGAACAGAGUUCAGAGAUACAGUGUGUGAUGUCUGUCCUGCUGGUUCAUAUUCAGAUGGUACACUCUGCAAAUUACAUACAGAUACUGUAUCUCUCUCUAACAGCUGUGAAUCUCUGGGUAAAACAACAAUCAGUGAAGGAACAGAUACGACUGAUGCUGAGUGCAGAGAUAGACCAACUUCACAUUUACUGACAGUGAUUCUGAGUCUGUGUGGAGUGUGUUUGCUGAUGUUUCCUGCCAUAACUGUAAUUAUUGUAAAGAAGAAAAUAGCAAAAAAGCAAAAUAGUGGAUCAUAUCAAGUUACUAAUACUCAAGAUACGAACCUGUAAACUUUUUGAAUCAUGUAAUGUUUGUACAUGGUAAU